GGCCGGACGUGCCCGGCCCUGGCGCGCGCACCUGCGCGGAGCGGUUGGGACGCCUUCCGGGCUGAGGGCACGUGCUCGCAGUCCCAUGCAGGCGUGGGGACGGGCGGGGGGCGCGAGUGUGCGCGGGAGCUGGGGGCAGUGGGACCCCGCACCUGCCGUGGCCAGCGCCCCGUGGCCCCUGGGUCCCUCCCGGCGACCGCAGGCGAAACCAGCCAGUAGCCCGGGUGGACUUUGCUGGCCCCGCCCCAGCCCGCCUCCUUGGCCGGCCUUCUGCCGGACGCGUGGACCCCGGAGCGCCCUCGUUUCCCUCCAGAGCCCCUGGGGGACCUGUUUCUGCUCCGUUGCGGGUGGUUUCCCACUCGAGACAGGCCCCGGCCGAAAUCUGCGGCCGGAGGCGGUGGGGAGGAGGGGGGUGGGCUGGGACCAGCGGUUCUGGAGAGCCCGGCCCAGAGACCUCCGCUGGCGGGAAUCCCCGUGAUCUUUUCGUGUGUUCUCGCCCGGACCGCUUAGGUCGACCAAGUUCAGUAGCGCCCUGUAGACGCCUGGAGCGUGGGGGAGCCCCUCGGCACGAGCCCUUCACAGGGCUGCGUGGUUCUGGAGAAUGCCACUUGAGCGGCACGUUUGGAGGUGGGGUGUUUUCAGAGACUGGUUCUCCCUCGGGAUUGCCAGACGGGGGUCGAUGAGGGCAGAGGUUAAUCAGACCCCCCGCGUAGUACAGCCUCCUGGGGUCUUGUAGUGCAGGAGCUCCCCUCUGGCGUCUGAGGGCCUCACUGAAUUCCAACAUAGUCCAGCGAUUGCCACGAUGAUGACCCCGAGUCAUCAGUAAGGGGCCUGCAUUGUGGUCUGUGCACCUCGUUUAAAAAGACAAAGCGGGUUGAUCCGUUUUGGAUUUUCCAUUGGCAGCUCUUCUCCCCUCUGAUGCUUGGAGUAAAUAACCUCUUCCACCUCUAACGUCUAAUUGUCAUUACUGUUUAAGUAUUCCUAAAUGUGAAAGAACAGAAAGAAAGUGGACAUGGGGGCACUGGUCUGCGUGAAAGUAACGUCAUGUUUCAUUCAUUUCAUUCAACGCUCUUGAAGGUGGCGCGCACUUCGUUGUGUGCGGGUGAACAGUGGAAAGGAUGGAGCCCCAGUCCUUCAGGAACCUUAACAGUGUUUAUGGCAGGGGAUGUGUAACCAGGGAGUCUCUGGGUCUCAGCUAAAAUGUCACACGAGACACUUCUUAGACUCCCUCUCCAAACCCCGUUUCUCCACCCAGGAGCUGGGACUUCCAUGAAUUGUUAAGCAUGAAGAUUCUCAUUUUGAAAUUGCAGGAAACCGCAUGAAAUAGGAACAGUUCAGGCAGAGUUUGGGAAGAUUUUUGUGUGCGAGGAUCCAAGUGGUAAGCGAGCCAGCCCGAUUUCAGAAUCUGGUUUUCCUUGGGGGAUUUCCACUCAGCUCUUUCCGUCCAUCACAAACGGCUCUUUUCGUCCACAUUUCACCCACUUUCCUUUCAAGAGCGCCAGGUUUUCACUAUGACUAACGUGAUAGCAGGAACUCUUCACCGAUGAGUCAGGUGGAGAUAAGCCAUGGGAAGGGCGUGGGGGUGGACGCGGUGGCAGUGUGCAUUUACAUGUAAGAGCUUUCAGAUUUGUGAUGCGCUGUCUUCAGUGAGUCCGAGGUCCUGGUCAUUCAUAAUUAAAACGUACGUGAGAGGUUGGAGUCUGAUGAACCCGCAGAUUUGUGGAGGAGGCAGUCCGUUCAGCAGCAAAGCUGGCCUUACGAGGGCUGAAGAGCCGAAAAAGCAAAGGGGUUUGGACAUUCAGUCCGCACACCCACCAGCCACAAAGGGUCUGGCUGGGUUAUCUCAGGAAAUUCAGCAGCUGUGAUUUCCACACCCCUUUUGCCUGCAUUCCUAAUGGAGCAUUUUAUAUUUUCAGUCACGUUGUUAAACAGGGUGUAAAUGAAUAUACCUACUGUCCUUAAAACACAAAGAUUGUUAAUUGUUUGCAGCUAGACCGGGAAAGGACCCAUCGAUCUUGAGUUUCAGUAAUUACAAAGGUAAAAGCAAGGUCUUCAGCCGGCAGGUGAGGGGCCCGCGCUGCACACAUCUCAAGGCUUUGUCCCGGGCCGCUGGACAGGACAGAAGGGAUCCGGCUCCUCUUAGGAUCUUGACUGGUCUUCGUUUAGCCCUCGGGGCCCUCGUGCCUCCUUCCCCUCUGCAGCCCCAUCACCCGCCUUCCCUGCGGGCAGCCUGUGCUCCAGCCACGCGCUCUGUCUGCUGUCCUUGAAAUGCCCUUCACACAUCCUGCCUGACUCCUCCCAGGUUUCUGACUCCUGCUCGUUCUGUAGAAUGCCUUCCCUGCCCUCCCUGUCGGCUGCACCUGCACCGCGUCCGGACCGCCGCCCCCGUCCUGCGUGGUGACGGACUGACCCGUCCUGGUCCCACACAAGUCUUUCAGACGGGACCACGCUUCUCAGGCCUCCGUCCUCCGCGUCUGGCCGGGCCCAGUACAUCCUGGACACGCACCGGGCUAGGAGAAGCGGGUAAUGUGAUGACGGAGUCCAGGCUCUGGGACCCGACUCCCAGCUGGCCCUGCUUCUCACUGAGUCACCUUAGGUACAGUGCGUGACUUCUCAGUGCCUCCGUGUCCUCGUUUGUAUAGGACAGGGGUUUGCACAGUGCCCAGCUCAGAUGUUAGCGUGGGAAUUAAGGGAGGAAACUAGCGACAGGAGCGCCGUAGGGGUUAAAGAGCGUGGCCCCUGGAGCCAGGUCACCUGGUGUGAGUCCUGCUCGGCUGUUUAUUGUGCGCGUGACCUGGACCAAGUUACUGCCCCUCUGGGCCUGUUUCCUCGUCUCUAAAAUAACCGAGUACCCACCUCCCAGGGUUGCUGUAGGUACGCAGUUAAGGCGUAAACAUGUGGACGCCACGUGUGGCAGAGCAGGCACACGAAUCCGAGCCACUCGCGGGUGUCCAUUAGCGCUCAGGGCAGUGGGACGGGAGAUGCCGCGGCUGCGUCCCGCACUGUGUGCCAGGACUGCGCGUGCCCGGCCACUUUCCGAGCCGGUGGUCUCGUGGGGGGCUCUAGAUGCGGCUGUAGCCAAAUGAAUGGUUUAAGCAGUUUACGGGGACAACGACUCUUUCUCUUAAGGCCUCACUCUGAGUGACUUAUUCUUUUCCUAAUUCCCGAACGCUUUCGCUCAAAGAGUAUAGGAGCCCGUGGUUCGAGGGAUUAGAAAUAGGGACUUGGAACAAAAACAGCGAUCACGAUCAUUUGAGAGAAGCAAAAGGAGGACACUUUUUUGAACAGCGUCGUCUGUGGCAUGCAGUGGUGGGGGCCGGACGGUGUGGGGUCGCAGUUGCCGCACGGCCAGGAACGUGGAAGUCUCCCGCGGUUUCGUCCUCACCCAGCCCUUCGGCCUGUGCCUGUGGUUUCAUCCCCGGGUGUCUAAGUUUGGAUUCCCCCACGAGCAGACCCUGAGACGGGAAUGCAGAGAGGAUGUUUGCUUGGGAAGUGAUCCCAGGAAGCACAGGAGGUCGUAGGGAACGAGGAGCGAGAAGGGGAGCCCGUAGAAGGCACACUUGGCAACAGGUGUGUGCUCACGUUUGGAAAAUCAGACUGAAUUCCUGAAAAAACAUGAGCCAAUUUUUCUAUCAAACUUCAUCUCCGAAUCUUGGAGCGACUCUUUCACUUCUGGCAGAAAGCUCAGUGUGCCUGCGGUUCGCUCAGCCCUGCAGUCGGCGGCUCCCUGCUCCAGCCCUGCUGCCUCUGGCGCCCCGUGCCGCUCGCGCUGCCCUUCCCUCGGUGACUGCCAUGGCUCCUUGCCUUCUUCAGACCUUCUCAAGUGACAUUUUGUCGAAUAAGCCCACGCGAUGGAGGGGUUGCUGCAUUACAUCAACCCGGCCCACGCCAUCUCCCUCCUCAGUGCCCUCAACGAGGAGCGCCUCAAAGGGCAGCUGUGUGACGUGCUGCUGAUCGUCGGGGACCAGAAGUUUCGAGCUCAUAAAAAUGUCUUGGCUGCCAGCAGCGAAUAUUUUCAGAGUCUGUUCACGAAUAAGGAGAACGAGGCCCAAACCGUAUUUCAACUUGAUUUUUGUGAACCCGAUGCUUUUGAUAAUGUUUUGAACUACAUUUAUUCUUCGUCCUUAUUUGUCGAGAAAAGCAGUCUCGCCGCCGUCCAAGAGCUGGGCUACAGCCUCGGGAUUUCCUUUCUGACGAACAUCGUCUCGAAAACACCUCAGGCACCCUUUCCAACGUGCCCCAACAGGAAGAAGAUAUUCAUAGAAGAGGACGAAAGCAGUUCUCAGAAGAGAAGUGUCAUCGUGUGUCAAAGCCGAAACGAAGCACAAGGCAAAACUGUCGGUCAGAAUCAGCCCGACCUGAGCCAUGCCUCGCGGCCCUCCCCCGGCCUCGCGGUCAAGACCGGCACCGGGAAGCCCCACGUCCCAAAGCCAGCGGAAGCGCCUCACGCGUCGCCAGUAGCCGAAAAGACUUGGCCCAGAGAUGGCCCUGUGGGCUGCGCGAAGUCCCUCGAGCGUCCCGGCUCUGUGGACGACCCUCACAGAAGCAGCUUAGCGAAGAGCAACGCGGUGCCGCCUGGCAAGCCGCUGCAGGACAGAGAGGGGACGGACGAGAAACCGUGUCUGAGCGGCCAGCUGCCCAAAGGAAAAGCCAUAGAGCUGGCCUUGAAGAGACCACGGCCGCCCGUCCUGUCUCUUCGAAGCGCGUCGGAGACCCCCUACGUGUUGAAGGAAACCGGCAAAGGAGGCGGCCCGGGCGAAGACAGGAACCUGCUGUACUAUUCGAAGCUGGGGUUGGUGGUCCCGUCCGGCGGCCCUGGUUCCGGAAAGCAAGGCAUCGACAGAAGCGGCCCGCUGGUGAAGAGUCUGCUCAGGCGCUCGCUGUCCAUGGACAGCCAGGUUCCCGUCUACUCGCCCGCCAUAGACCUGAAGUCUUCCCAGGGGCCCUCGGCGGCGUCCGGGGAGGUGCCCGCCAACGUGUUCUGUGCUCUGUCUCAAAAGCCGUCUGUGAAAGAGUGCGACGACGCGUCAGCCCUCGACGAGCGGGCUCCGGCGCCCCAGCCGCACCGCCUCAGGUCCUUCAGCGCCUCUCAGUCCACGGACAGGGAGGGCGAGCCUGCCGUGGCCGAGGUGCGCGUCAAGACGGAGCCCCGCAGCCCGCUGUCGGACCCCUCCGACAUCAUCCGAGUCACCGUGGGAGACCCGGCGGCCGCGUCGUCCGUCACGAGAGACCUCUCCCUGAAGACCGAAGACGACCAAAGAGACAUGAGCAGACUCCCGGCCAAAAGGAGGUUCCAGGCGGACCGAAGACUGCCGUUUAAGAAGGUAAAGGAGGGCGAGCACGGGUCUCCGGUGUCCGAACAGAACUUGGAGGAGGGCUCGAGCCCUCCUCUCCCCGAUGCCGACUUUCCAGACUCUGACUUGAAUAAAGAGGAAUUUGGUGAGUUGGAGGGAACGAGGCCAAACAAAAAGUUUAAAUGCAAACAUUGCCUUAAGAUCUUUAGAUCCACAGCAGGCCUUCACCGGCACAUUAACAUGUACCACAACCCAGAGAAGCCCUAUGCUUGCGACAUCUGCCACAAGCGCUUUCACACGAACUUCAAAGUGUGGACGCACUGCCAGACCCAGCACGGCGUGGUGAGGAACCCGUCGCCGGCCUCUAGCUCACACGCCGUGCUGGACGAGAAGUUCCAGAGAAAGCUCAUUGACAUAGUGAGAGAGCGAGAGAUUAAGAAGGCCCUGAUCUUUAAGCUGAGGCGCAGCAAGCCCGCUUUUCAGGCGCAGACUAGCUCCCAGGCCCAAGCCAUCAAGAGGAACUUGCGGUCCCGAGCCAAAGGAGCGUACGUUUGCACCUACUGCGGAAAGGCCUAUCGCUUUCUCUCGCAGUUCAAGCAGCACGUAAAGAUGCACCCGGGAGAGAAGCCCGUUGGCGUCACUAGAGCUGCUAAGCCCAGGGAGCAUGUUUCUCUGGAGAGCCCGGUAGAGAACAAGGAGGUUUACCAGUGCCGCCUCUGUAAUGCUAAGCUCUCUUCUCUUCUAGAGCAAGGAAGCCACGAGCGGCUGUGCCGAAACGCAACCGUCUGCCCCUACUGCAGCCUUAGGUUUUUCUCGCCCGAGCUCAAGCGGGAGCACGAGGGCAAGUGUGAGUACAAGAAGCUGACGUGCCUCGAGUGCAUGCGCACCUUCAAGUCCUCCUUCAGCAUCUGGCGGCACCAGGUCGAGGUCCACAACCAGAACACGAUGGCGCCGGCCGAGCACUUCUCCCUGCCCGGCCUGGACCACAACGGCGACGCGACCGCCGCCUCCAGGCCCCAGGCCCAGGCCGAGCCCCCGAGAGCCAACCACGCGCUGGCCGCCAAGGACGACGCCGCGUUCAGCGACUGUUCCGAGCAGGUGAACUUCGACUCCGAGGAUUCUUCCUGCCUCCCCGAGGACCUCAGCCUUUCGAAGCAGCUGAAAAUCCACGUCAAGGAGGAGCCCGCCGAGGAGGCCGAGGAGGAGGCGCCCGAGGCCCGCGCGGCCGCCAAGGACGCGGGCCCCAGCAAGGACAGCAGCCUGUGGCCGUGCGAGAAGUGCGGCAAGACGUUCACGGCGCACAAGCAGCUGGAGCGGCACCAGGAGCUGCUGUGCUCCGUGAAGCCCUUCAUCUGCCACGUUUGCAACAAAGCCUUCCGCACCAACUUCCGCCUCUGGAGCCACUUCCAGUCCCACAUGUCCCAGGCCGCCGACGAGCCGGCGCACAAGGACCCGGAAGCCUGCCCCGUCCCCACAAACUCGCCGUCCCCGCCCCCGCUGCCCCCGCCCCCGCCGCUGCCCAAGAUCCAGCCCCUGGAGCCCGACAGCCCGACGGGCGUGGCCGAGAACCCCGCGCCGGCCGCCGAGAAACUCUUUGUGCCCCAGGAAUCCGACACGCUGUUCUACCACGCCCCGCCCCUCUCGGCAAUCACAUUUAAAAGACAGUUCAUGUGUAAACUGUGCCACAGGACAUUCAAGACUGCCUUCAGUCUUUGGAGUCACGAACAAAGCCACAACUGAAGGGCCGGCCCCUUCGGCCCCUUACGGAAGGGGAGGCGGUCCCCAGGUUUCAACCCAAACUGUGAGCCGCGCAUGAGAAACAAAAUAUUUUUUGAAGAGAAGGAAUAAUAAAGGUUGGAAAUUGUUACGCUUGAGUAGAAGCUCGAGGGAAGUCGAUAUUAAUUAGCAAAGUCCUUACUCAGCUUAGAAAAACUAAACUACGUCGUGCUCUGGACCUUACGGUCACACGACGACUGGACUUCAUCGAUGUUGAAAUUUUGAUCGAUCCCGGUUGUUUGCAUGGUUCCUCAUUCCACGGUGUCAGUAUACUCUUUUACUGGAGGUUGUUUUGGUUUUUUACUGAUUUGCAGCCCGUGAAAUACUACUUAAGUAUUUCUUCCGAUUGUAGCGGACACCUGAGUUCUGCUUAAGCCUCAGCCACGUCCUGGAGUCCGCAGCGUAUCAGGAGGAAGGGGAGAGUAGUCUGCAGUGUUGACUUAGAUCUUAGGAUACUUUAGCAAUAAAACAAUGAUAAGCCUCAACUGUAAUAAGUUAUCCUGACACUUGAUAACAAUAAAUAUUUGGUAUUUUGUGGUCACGUAGACAUUCUUUUGUAUGAAAGUUGUGAGGAAUUUAAAUCAGCAAUAGUAAUACUUAGAUUUUUAUAAAGUAACAAAACUUGCUCUUGGGUCACUUAAUAUAAUUGAGGACGGGCGACUUGGGAAAUGAAAACAGGAUUUCUAGAAGGCCUCUAAGUUUACAGAAACUAAGGUGACGCUAGGCGUUGUGGUCAGAGCUGGCGCUCCGGGCCGCGUGUGCACAUCCCGGCUUUCCGUUCUGACCACGCGGGGCACACGAAGCAUCUGGCGUCCUCUGGCUUACCGCUGCCACAGAGGGAAAAUCCGAGCGCGUUUGGGACAGGAAACAAAGGUGGCACGAGGCGCUCACUGAUGUUGAGUUUAACCUCGUUGGUGUAACAGAUCGGGUCGGGACUCACAUUUACGCUCGUGGGUCCCAGGCCCCGGGGUCCGUGCGGCGCAGCGGCCCUGAGCCCGGAGUUGGCAUCGACUUCCGGAGCCGGGGAGCCGGGGAAACCCCACACCGCGGUCUCCAUGCGCCCUCGACGGCGGUAUUUACAGCGUUCGGUUUCCUGCCUCUGUCUCCUGAGGAUUUCUGUUAGAAUUUGUUGGAGUUUAUUGUGGUCAAACGUCCUCAGUGCAAUCAUUCUGCUCUGAGUCACUGCUUUUAGUGUCUCAGGGAUCUGUGUGAAAGCGCGAUCAAGGGUCCAAAAUGAGUUUCCGCUACCUAAUAAGGCCCACAGGGUUUGGGCUGCCUUUUUUUUUUUUUUUUUUUCUUCUUUUUCCUAUUUUGUAUGAGUUGCAAUUAAAAGGCUUUUGGGAGGGGCCACCCGAGUUCAGUGGGUGUUUCUAAAGGGAAAACUGUCUCACUCGCAGGUACUUAGGUACGUACAAGUGGAAAUACUAUUGAAACUACGAAAGAGAUCCUUGUCAGGUAGUGCUAUGGAUGAAGUCUCCCAAGUUUAUUCAUUUUUUUUGCAAGCUGUUCUUUCAAAUAAAAAAGAGACUGUGGCUGAGAAACAAUCUGCUGAGUGUUUCCCCGUAUCCCGCUGCCACAGAGAAGGUUUCUGGCCUCGGUCUCGUCACCCACGUUCCGGACCAGCGGGAGGGAAGACACGCCUAACUUUUUGUCCAUACACAAGCAUUUUUAUACAACAGUAGUGGACUUUGUAGAUGAGAGAAAUUGCGGAUGAAAUUUUGCCUUUCUGUUUCCUUUUCCAUUUGAAAACUGUCCUAAGUCCCAAAGUACUUUUGAGUGGUCGCUUCCUAUUUUUGUUCUUAGUUAAAUUUGAUGGAGAAAGGCAAAUAAAAUGAAGUCACAGCUACCGACGAUCGCCAUCUUUAUAUUUUCUGGAAGAAAUCUAUGCAUUUGAAAGACAAAACUAAAGCCUAGGAUUUUACGCGAAACAUCAGGAUAGGUUGUUGUUCACUGAAUGAGUCCCCCUUGUAAUGUGCCGUUUCUUAUUCGGAGCACCUUGGUAGCUGUCACUUCUUCAGAGGACAGUUUCCCUCAGAGUAGUCCCUGCUUCUGGCUGUUAAGAGUACGUGUGACAGUUCCACGGCACACAUCGUCUUGGCGUUGUAAAUUCAAUAUCCCAGGACUUGAACCUCUAUGCUACAUUUUUGAAGAUUUUUUGAUAAUGUUAAUCAGUAAAAAAUAUUUUUGAUCUAAAUACACGCUCAGCGUAUCUGUUAGACUUUGAAAAUUGCCAGUGUUUUGUCUUGUUAGUUCCCAUUUUUGUCUAGGCAAGGAGCGUAAGAUUUCAAAUAAAAUUUUGAACCAAAAACAUUUCUAAUGCAGUUCUGGUUUUUCUAUUACUUUUUAUACUGUACCUUCAAAGCGUCAGGCAGAAAGAGUUUAUUUUGGUGGUCAGAAAGUAAACUACGCUUCCUCUCACUUGACUGUUUUCAAUGUUAGGAAGCAGAGUAAUGACAGACACGUGAAUCGCUUCAUUUAAGAAUGUCGAUCUCAGACAGCAGGCAGAUACUUGGUGUGAGACCAGAGGGUCUUUCCUUGUUACAUCUCCAGCUCAUAAAAGUGUUGAAAAUGUUUUUUCUGAUUAGAAUUAAUUUUUGAAAAUGUAGAAAGCUCAUCAUUCCUUGUAAGUAUUCAGGAUGCCUUUUUUUAUGCAGUUGUGGAAAGAAUGUAAGAUGUUUUAAUAUAUUCUUUGUUAAUCUGAGAACUUGCUGUGUUGAACCAUUUUCUUCAUGUGGGAGAGGGCGGGAGGGGCCGCCUGAAACACCUCUUUAUCAAAGCAAGCAGUGGAGGUUACAAAUGGUGUGUGUUUUUUUGUAGUUAAUAUUUCAACCUAAUAGAAUAUUCACCUUUAAAACCAGUUAUGGCUAGUGUGCGUUCGUUAUUUUUAUCAAAAUACACAACUAAGGGUUCAACCGUGAGGUCAUUUUGCAUUUGUGGGGACAUGUGUGUGGUUCUUGGUUUUCUGUUUUGGAGUGGAUCGUUCACAGCCUUUUUAAAAAUAGACUCCAAGGGCGCCUGGGUGGCUCAGUCAGGUGAGCGUCUGACUUCAGCUGAGGU